GGAUAUGUGUCCUGUUUGGGAGGUGUUUCGGAGUCGUUCCGCCAGGAUGGGAAAGAGGGAGAAAGCCAAUACGGCCAGGAGGAGCAGGGCGAACACGUCUUCCGACCCCGGGAGACGGGAGGCGAGCACAAGGGACGCGGAUAUCGAGGUUGUGGUCGCUAUAUGCAGGGCUGUCUUAUAUGGCGAGGGGAAUAACAGCAAGGAAAGGAGGAAGAGGAACGUCGCGAGAGCAUAUAUGGAAUCGGAGGAUGUAGACCGGGUAAGGGUACGCAAGAUGGGAGAGAGGGAGAGCAGGAAGGUCGUCACCAAGAUCGAGGACUUGAGAACUUUUGCUCCUUGUCUCGUUCGACCUGCGGCUUCGUAACCUCCCCAUCCUAAUACGAACACCACCCCACAAAGGAGUACGAGCGCAGGUGCAGGCAACGUGCCCUCAAGAAGCAAAGCAAAGAGCCGGAGGAAGAGUGCCAGCACGGAGAUGUACCCAGUUAUGGGGACGACGGCGAGUAAGAGGGAGCGGUAAGUGUGCGGGUGGACAUUCACUGUGAUUGUUACUAGCUUAUGGGAGGUCUGAAAAGAGCUUGUGCGCACCGUUCUUCCUCAGACUGGAGAGGAAGUUUGGAGGAACCCAGUUGGUGGGCCGUGUU